CGGGAUCGUCCAAGCGAAAGCAGUCAAAAACGAAGUAUUUGGGCUUUCCGAAUUGAAUACUCGACCCCAAGUCCCUUCGAUGCCCGCUUCAACUUCGAGAAUAUCCACAUAAUUGAUAAGGGACGAGAGAAGGAGCCAAAAGCUUUAUAUUCGAGAAGACGGUUUCCAGCUUGACCAACGGCCUAACCCAAACAGUUAUGGAUGAGCUUUUCAGCGAUAGCUGAACAUCACAUUUCACCCUAAACUCGUCUAUGGUGGAUCCACGUACGAGCUAUCCAAUCUAUCAGCCUUCGCGGUCGUGCAGACUCCAUUUAUAAACGCAGCAGCACGCGAGAAGAACCGCUUCGGAUGCUGCGGCUGUUUUGUGCAGUGCCGAGCUAAAAGCAGACGCGGGGGAAGAGAUUUCACGAAGAAACGAUGCCUCCCUUCUUCGAACAACAUUUCUCCACGACCGAAGACGAAUCGACGACAUACCGUUUCAGUCAGCAUCGAAAGAGCUCUGCACACAUCAAUGAAUAGAGUGAAUUAUUAGGAGCACUGGGAAUUGGCAGUUAAUUAGAAAGAUUAUACGUGCAUGGAGCGACGUUCCUAAAUCGUGGAAGGGAAGCUGCAGAUGUGGGAAGAUUGGAUUCACUGUCGAGGGCUCUGGAUUUUUUUCUCCCUUGUACUCUAUUCCGAAUGAGCAAAAUAUUUUUGUAAUAGCGAAAGCAGGCAAUUGCUCUCGCAGAUUUUAUGAAAACUUGCAAAACAAUCGAUACAGUCGGGGAAUAUCGAUGUCAGAAGUAUCGACGAACGCCGCCGGGUGAUUUGAGCGCCACGACGUUGGCAGCCCUGGACGGACGCUCAGCUGAGCCGUCCCGUGGCGCGCUUCGUUGUUGUUUCGCACGUUUCCCUCGCAGCGUGGAUUCUCAUUUACGAGCGCGUUGAAUAGUCGUUGCACGUAAAAGCAAAGAACAUUCUGAGUGAACAAUGAACUCGUGCACCGAUCCGCUACACCUAAACGAGCAUAAAUUGUUCAAACAUCUGAAGGAUGGACUGCCAAAAAGUGCCAAAGAAACUCGCAACAUUCUCGAAAUACGCGAUGACGUUCUCUACGUUUGGAACGCCGACGAGUGCUGUGUUCUCACACUCAACAUCGCCGCAGCAUGCAGCAAACCCGGCGAAUCGAUUCCGUAUCAAACGCUGCAGCCCACGGACCCCCCGAUAAUGGAGAUCACAAAUUUGCUCGUGAACGAGACAGUGACGCAGCUCGCGCUGUGGGGCAAUUUGGGUAUCGUGCUUCUCGAGUUGCCGAGACGUUGGGGCAAGGACAACGCUUUCCAAGGAGGGAACGAGGUCGUUUCUUGCAUGAGCCACAAUCUCAACGCGUGCAGCUCACAGCUCUCCACCACCGAAGUACGACGCGUCAGAUGGCAUCCAGGAUCCGCCAACGACUCUCAUCUCUUGGUCCUCACCUCCGAAAACACCUUCCAGUUGUACGAGUGCGAAUUGGGGAGUUCGCCGAGACUGAUGAGAACGUGGAAAGUCGGCCCAACGCCUUUGGCUUCGCCGUCGAAGUACAUGCCGACGAUAGAAUCACUGGGCGAAACCGCGGUGGACUUUGAUUUCGCAACGCCAACGUUGAAAACGGAAAACGAUGGGAAAGAGGGAGGAAGCAAAAACUACGAUUGGAAUCAAAUCGAUUGGCCGAUUUGCGUUCUGUGUGGAAACGGCGAAGUUCUGCUCGUCGUUGGAAAUAUUUUGUCAGGAACCCAAUCGAAGCCAGUCGUCCUCGGAUCUCUCACCAUGUACCCGCCCGCCGACGAUAAUUAUGGCAUCGAUUCGUGCUCGAUAAUGUGCAUUCAAACUACCCCUCCGAUCGUCGUCAUCGCAACUUGCACAGGAAAAAUUUAUCACGCCAUCCUGUUGAAAGAUUCCUUCCUUCCUGAAGAAGACGAAACUCAGACGCGAUCUGUGUACGGCUCUACGUACAGUCUGCACACACCGGUGGAUGCACUUUUCGUGGUCGAAUGUGUCGAAUUGGAGCUCGGCCUUUUGUACUCCGAACAGGACAGAAAGUACAGCUGUCCGAUUCACUUGCACAGCGACAAAGGCAAUAAAUCGAGAUAUUUCUGUUCUCACAACGCCGGGAUUCACGCCAUAACUUUACCGAUGGUGUCACAGCUGGACGAGUACGUCGGAGCGAAAGACGAGGAGGCCGACUUACAUUUACCUACAUCUCUGAAUCCCUCGAACUCUCAAUACCUCGUCUGCACGCGAACGAAGCACACGGUCAGCGAGGACGCAACGCCAGUUUUUGGUUUCGGAUUACUGCAGCAACCCUGCCCAGUUCUAAUCGCUUUGCUUCACACCGGAGUAGUCGUUGAUCUGUCGGUCGUGGAUCUCGAUUAUUUGCCACGAAUCGAUACGCCGAAGCCGAUGGUUAGCCCGAACAAAAAGAUCACGAGGGAGCCGUUCGACACUUACAUUCGAAAUCUCCUGAAACACUAUUCGACGUCUCAGCCAAUAACGAAAUUGGGAACCCGAUCAAAGCUGUCAGCCAAAGAGUGCCUCGAGCUUCUUUAUCGAGCGACUCACGUGUUUCGCGAUCAACAUUUCGCACGACUGGACGAGGUUCGUGGAGAGAUAGAGAAAAAAGUACGGGCUCUGAAGGCCUUGAAAAAUCAUCAAUUGAAAGAACUUGCAACGUUGAUGGAGACGAGGAACGAGCUACAAGAAAUGGCUGAAUAUUUAGCUGAACGAUACGAGGACAUCAAGGACACUCAAGUCGAGUUGGCCGGGAGAGCGAAAGAAGUUUUGAAGCUGGUGAAUUACAAAGAACCCUCGAUGUCGAGUUCGGAGCGAGCCGAGGCGGCUGAGCUGAAAAUCAUGGACGACAAAGUACUGGAGCUCGUCGUACGGAUAGGCCAGUUGAAGAAAAAAGUUGAAAAUCAAUCGAAACAUUUCGAAACACUCGAAAAGAUCGAGAAGCAGAAGGAAUUGGUAUUCAGCGAGAAACAGGAAGAGGCGAUUAAAACGAACCUCAAAAAGAUGGGCAAAGAUAUAAGUGAAUUGAUUUCCCAAGUUAAAGUGCUCGAGGAAGAUGUUGACGUCUGAAAAAUCAACCGGAAAACAUACGAUGAUCUAAAUUCGAUUCCACGUGAAUGUAAAAAAGCGAGUUUUUCAUUACCAUCAUAACGUUUUUUACUUUUUAUUUAUCGUUUCAAAUCUAGAAAUAAGGACUUUUUCAAUAAAAUAAUGCUUCCUGAAA